UUGCAUGAGUUCUCAUGAUUCUUGUGCACAACCACAACCGGUGGCCUGCCUUUCCAUAUGAACACUCCUAUGGAUAGGAUAGCAAUCAUCCGGAUUCAUGCCCUGGCCACCUUCGUUCCUCCUUUACAUACAUAUACAUAAACUUGACAGAGGGAGAAACCCAAGCUUUUGCUUUCGUGGUUCCCAAUGCCAUGUCGCCUUGUCUUCACAGCACCACCACUGGCCACUGUCCCCUGCGGCCCUGCUUUCCUGUUUCACCUCCCGUAGUCCUGCUCCUGCUCCUGCUUGCAUCGACUUGACGCCGCCGCCGACCGAACGUUUCGAGUUCAGGCGAGGCAAGGGCGAAGGCGUAUCUGCCACUCUGGUCUCAUCUUCCUCGGUCCGUCUAGAGUAGAGUUCGUCAGUUCCACCGGCAGGCAGGCAGAGGCAGCAGCGGCAGAUUGGCUUUAUUUUGUUAUGCUAACUUGAUAUACUGCUGCUGCUGUAUAGUUUAGUGGCCAAUGUGACAAGCCGCCGUCGCCAAGACAAGCAAUGGAGUCACCAGCGCCAGCAAGAAGCGCGAGGGCUCCAGCCACUCCAACAUGCACCGUUCCGGGGCUCCUAGUGGGCCUCACCAAGCUGUUGAGCCUCACCAAGGCCUGCGCGGCUCCAACGCCGGCGGCUGACGAUGGCGGCCGCGAGGCAGCGGCGGCGGCGGCCACGAAGCCCGGACACGACCCCGGCCCCGACCCGAGGCUCGUCCUCGUGAGGCUGUUCGACGCGGUGUCGGCGCUCAAGUCGGGGUACGUGAAGCUGCAGCGGGCGCACUUCCCGUACGACCCCGACAGGGUGGCCUCGGCCGACGAGGCCGUGGCGUCGGAGCUCGACUCGGUGGCCGCGCUGCAGUGCCUGUGCAGCUCCCGCCGCGGGAUCGGGCCGCUGGUAGACGACCGGUGGUCCCUGGUGCAGCGCCUGGAGGCCGAGGCCAGGGGGAGGGACGCCGACAUCGCCGCGCUCGGGAGGGAGCUCCGGAGGCUGCAGCACGACAACGCCAGGCUGAGCAGGCGGGUCGUCAGGAGCAGGAACGACGACGAGCGUCGCAGGACGCGUCUGCUGCUCUCCGUGCCCAAGGAGCUGACGACGCCGGCGGCCCUCGUGAGCCGGUUCGUGGCGGCGUCCAGGUCGGUCGGCGACUUCGCGGGGCUGCUGCAUGGCGCUGGUACCUGUGCCAGCAGCAGCGACGACGCAGUUGCAGAGCAGGCGCGGUCGUGGAGGAGGUACGCGAUCGAGGCGCACCUGUGGCGAGCGAUGCUGCUCGUUGGCACCGGCGGCGGCGACGCCGGCAGCAGCUUCCACGGGAUCAUGAAGCCACGCGACGCGCUCGAUGCCCUGAUGCAGUUCCCACGCUCGGGGCUCUCGGCGUUCUGCCGGGCGGCCUACCUGGCCGCCGUGUCGCCGGAGGCGGAGGCGGCCGCGUGCCGGAACCUGGACCACAGGGCCUUCGUGUCCCGCGGCGGGCACCCGAGGACGCGGCUCUACCGCGCGUUCGCGGCGGCCGCGAGGUCCGUGUGGGCGCUUCGGGUGCUGAUGGCGGGCUGCUCGGAGUCGGAGCAGAGUGGUGGUGGUGGUGAUGGUGUCAGGAUGUUCUACGCGAGCAGGGGGAGCCUGUACAGGGCGGAGUUCAUGGAGAGCGUGCCUGCCCUUGGCGCGGAAGAAGACCGCCGCGUGGAGACGGGUGAGGAGAAGCUCAGCGUCGCAUUUACCGUGACGCCCGGUGUCAAGGUCGGCGACACGGUGGUGCCGUGCAGGGUACUUCUUUGCCGUCGCCGGGAGGGCUUCGUCCGGAUCCGAUGACGACUCUCAGCAAGAUAGUUUUUUUUAGUACAUUUUGCUUUUGUUUACGUUCUGUAUCUUGGUAUGGGUAGCUCAAAAUAUGAAUAAGCAAGAGUUACAGGUUGAUAUUGUCAUCCCAAACUCAUCUAUAUACUAAUCUAUUAAGGCAACUGUUGAUACCA